GUCACCUAAAAAAGAUUAAUUUGAGGAAGAGGAAGAAAGUCCCCUAAUCCCUAAUUCGCAGAUGGCGAUGGCGAUGGCGAUGGCGAUGGCGUUCUCCCCAGCAAUCAUGGCUUCGAAGACUCACAUCCUCUGCCUCACACACACACAACCCUCACUCUCUCUCACUCCGCUCCGCCGCAACUUCAAUCCCCCAAUUGUCGCCGCCGAGGGAGCACAGCACCUUCUGGAAGGCUCCACCCGCACCCUCACCAGCCUGUCCGGGAUGGCCCUACUCUCCCUCAGAGCCUUCUGCCACAAGCUUCUUCCUCCGAUGACGAUGUCCAUGUCCAUGUCUUCGGUAGGGCCUCUGUUCUUCGCGUCGCUGACGGACAGGCCUAGCGGGUACCUGAACACGCCGCUGACGGUGGUGGCUGCGGGGCUAGCGAAGUGGCUGGACAUAUACAGCGGCGUUCUGAUGGUUAGGGUUCUGCUGAGUUGGUUCCCCAACAUUCCGUGGGAGAAGCAGCCACUGUCUGCCAUGAGAGACCUGUGCGAUCCCUACCUGAACCUCUUCCGCAACAUCAUUCCCCCUGUGUUCGACACCCUCGACGUCAGCCCCCUCCUCGCCUUUGCCGUCUUGGGCACCCUCGGCUCCAUUCUCAACACCACUGUCGCCUAGUUACAAAUUCAGCACCAUGCCUUAUCCUGUAUCUGCUUUUUUUGAGUAUUCUGCUUAUAUUUACUGUUACACUGGUGAUUCUGAUGAUGGUGAAAGUAUGGGUAUGGAAGUGCCACUACAUCAUUUCCCUAUAGUUACAGGUAUUUUGGUCACUCAGUUUAUGUUAUGCUCUUUGCUACUGUUCUAGAGUCAUUAUUAUUAUUAUUAUUAUUUAUUACAAACAGUUAGUUUAAUUUAAC